CUAUUCAUUUUUUCUACAUGCAUUUAACAGGAGGGGGCUAUGUUAUACACCUGUCUCCGCCGCCUUCUAAAUCAAGCGCGUACGAACUGUGUUCUAUGGUAGCAGCGACAUCUGGCGUUAAAACUACUUCCGGUGAUGAAAUCAACUUCGGGCUAUUUGGUAGCAUCAAAGUACGGCGGGAUAAACUGAAAGACGUAGCUGCCGGGUCGCCAAUAAUCGUGAAUAACGAAUGUGACGACGAAAUGAAACCAUAUCCAAGAGAAACAAUAGUCAAACGUGCAGAAUCCAAACUAGGAUCGAAUGACUACAACGUGUUAAAAUGGAAUUGUGAACACUUUGCCACGUGGUGCCGAUACGGAAAAGCCGUCUCAAAGCAGGUACCAUUCAGCAAAGGAUUAUCAAGAGAUGCCUACGUAGUACAAUUACACGGUGUUGAAGUUGUGCCACAUGGGACACUCCCGGAUGACGUCAUUACGAUUGGACACCACCCUCAUUUCGGAAUAUUUCCUGUGCCAAUAUUUGGUGCAAUAUUAUUACCUUUUGAGGCAGCUCUCGAUACUUUGCACGAGCUGUUUAGAAAAUAACGAAAUGAACAUUUGAUAAAGUACAUACGUGUCAUGUUCUUUCUGUAUUAUCGAACUGCAUGGUUAAUUGGCCGGUAGAUAAAGUCUGUGUGCCAUACAAAGGGGACAAGCCGUACAAUUGACAACUGUUUCAUUAUUGAUAUUCUGAUGUGUAUUUACAUAUGAGUACUUCAAGGCACCGGGAAAAUAUCAUGACUAUUAAAGGAACCCCACCGGAGUCUAAAAGGCAAAAAAACCAUAAUAUUUGAAUUUCUUAUUUAGAUCAGCUGAAGUUGAUGAACAAAACAAAAUGCAAAGAUAUUGAGAAAAAAUAUUCACGGUUAAGGAAAACGGUGAAUUAUCUGGAAUUUUGUACACAAAACUUUCAUCAAGUGGAACAAUAAUCUCGUAAAAUCAUUCCCGGUCCUAUAACAUGUAUAAAAUACUUACAAAAGUUAAGUUAAAAAUUGUAUGUUUGUGCUAUUCUUAAUGUAUGUUAGUGUUUAUUUAGUGAAAUUUGAGUCCCAAAAGAACUGACCGAUAGGGAACGACCGUGGAUUUUUAAUUGUUAAAAUUUCACUUAAUAAAAACUAACUGAUUUA